UCGCCGUCCGAGAAUAGACACACCCCUUCUUGGAACUUUGAACACGUCCAGCUUUUUUCAACCUCGACCGGAUUCUCCCAGCAGUUCCUGUCGACUUGCCCUUCGAAGCUGACCGGUCUUGGGCAGCGAUGUUCACUUGUACCACUUUUUAAUUCAUUGAACACUGUUCUUCCACACCCUCGUUACCCUUCUUCGAGCCGCGUCAGUUCUUCAUCCGCAUUACCCCCCACAGCUUCGAAUCACCCGUCUAGUGCGCGCUUUCUGAUCUGCAGAAGUUCGAGGUCUGCUGGACGAUUGGAACACACGUACUCUUCAAGAUGGCUUCAGAAAAAGCUACAGUGUCCGGGUUGGAUUCGGAAACUCAGGCGACCCGCAGGCGCAAUGUUCCCUCAACAUCACCCAAUGGAGGUCUUGUGAACAGAAUAGAGAUCGAUGAUAAGAAGACACAAGUCAAGAAGCAGGAACAAACAUUUCUGCAAUUCCUUGACGAAUGGGAAUUCAUCAUCGCGCCCCUUAUCUUCACGGCAUUGGCAUUCUUCACACGAUUAUACAAGAUUGGCUUGUCACCCAUUGUUACUUGGGACGAGGCACAUUUUGGUAAAUUUGGCUCCCACUACCUCAAACGAGAAUUCUACUUCGAUGUCCAUCCUCCGCUUGGAAAGAUGCUAGUCGGAUUGUCCGGAUACUUGGCUGGCUACAAUGGAUCCUUCGAAUUCAAGUCAGGGGAGAAAUACCCGGAAGAGCUCAACUAUACCUUCAUGCGGGCAUUCAACUCCUUCUUCGGCGCUAUCUGCAUUCCAUUGGCCUAUUAUACUGCUCGCGAGUUAAACUUCAAGCGACCUGCCGUUUGGUUUGUGACUCUCAUGGUCUUGUGCGAGAACUCGUACACCACUAUUAGUCGAUUCAUUCUCCUGGACUCGAUGUUGCUAUGCUUUACUUUCACAACUGUUCUCUGCUGGGCGAGAUUCCACAGACUGCAGAAGCAGAGCUUCAGUAUAGAAUGGUGGUCAUGGCUUUUUUUGACUGGUCUGAGCAUUGGCUGUGUCUGCAGUGUUAAAUGGGUUGGACUUUUCUGCACAGCCCUCGUUGGUAUCUACACUAUUGAAGAUUUGUGGAACAAGUUUGGUGAUACCAAGAUGCCAGUCAUUGAUCUCGCGUCUCACUUGGCUGCUCGAGUUAUUGGCCUCAUCAUUAUCCCUGUGAUUGUCUACAUGCUAUCAUUCGCCCUUCACUUCGCGAUUUUGGAGAACAGUGGUCCAGGAGAUGCUCAAAUGAGCUCCUUGUUCCAAGCCAAUCUUAGAGGUACCGAGGUUGGAAAAGACAGUCCAAUUGAGAUCGCAUACGGUUCACGGGCUACAAUCAAGAACAUGGGAUAUGGUGGUGGUCUUCUCCACUCUCACGUCCAGACAUAUCCUGAAGGCUCUACUCAACAACAGAUUACUUGUUAUCACCACAAGGAUGCCAACAACGAAUGGUGGUUUUACCCUAACAGAGCCCAACCUGAGUAUGACGCAGAGGCACCACCCAAGUUUGUUGCUGAUGGAGAUGUUCUCCGUCUGAUCCACUCCCAAACUGGCCGUAACCUUCACUCUCACGAAGUCGCGGCACCAGUCACCAAGGCCGAUAGAGAAGUCUCAUGUUACGGAAAUACCACUGUUGGCGACGAGAAAGAUCACUGGACCAUGGAAAUCGUCAAAGAUGUGUCUUCAAACGAUAGAACUAAAGUCAGAACCUUGACCACUGCCUUCAGACUCAAGCACACUGCUCUCGGAUGCUACCUCCGUGCUGGCAAUGUCAACUUGCCACAGUGGGGUUUCAAGCAAAUCGAAGUCACAUGUGACAAGAGCAACAAUCCCAAGGAUGUUUACACCCACUGGAACGUCGAGGCUCACUGGAACGACAAGCUGCCUGCUGCUGAUGCCGGAGCCUACAAAUCUCCUUUCUUACAAGACUUCAUCCACUUGAACGUUGCCAUGAUGACCUCGAACAACGCCUUGGUUCCUGACCCAGACAAGCAAGACGAUCUCGCUUCUCAAUUCUGGCAAUGGCCCAUCCUUAAUGUUGGUCUCCGCAUGUGUGGUUGGGAUGAUUCCAUUGUCAAAUACUUCCUCCUUGGUAACCCUCUUGUCUACUGGGGCUCCACAGCCUCCCUCGGCAUGAUCGCGCUUCUUGUUGUCUGGUAUGCCAUUAGAUGGCAACGAGGAUAUGACGAGUUGAAGCAAUCCGAUAUCGAUCAGAUCCAUUACGCUGCUUUGUACCCUGUUCUCGGAUGGUUCCUUCACUACUUGCCAUUCGUUGCAAUGGCUCGUGUCACCUAUGUUCACCACUACUAUCCUGCCCUUUAUUUUGCCAUCCUUGGUUUCGGCUUCUGCGCCGAUUGGAUGCUGAGGAACCAAAUUAAGAGUCUGCAAUAUGCCAUUUAUGGUGUCUUGUAUGCUGUUACUAUCGGUCUGUAUAUCUACUUCAUGCCUAUCUGCUGGGGUAUGGUCGGACCGAACAGAGACUACAACUACAUGAAGUGGUUCGAGAGCUGGAGAGUAACAGACUAAACUCGUCAAAACGAUCUGUAUCCCUUACUGGAAUAGAUCCAAAACUAUUCGACGACGCUUUAUACGAUGGAUCAUAGAGGAUUGGAUCUCGGUCGGAGAAAGAGAACGUAAAGAAAACGUUUUCUGCACAUGUGUUACCAAACAUUUUUCGUUUGUCAUGGCAAGGAUUUCGGGAAAAGGGAAUGGGGAAGGGAUGACUUGUGGUGAAGCGGCGCCUAGGUACAUCUCGAAUCAACUCCUAAUUCUGUGUAUAAAUCUAUGUUUGCGGGUGUACCGUGAAUGUAUGUGAGUAGAUAAUGUAAGAUC